AGUAAAAACCCUAAAGAAAAGAAAAAGAAAAGGCAAAGAGAAAGGAUUUUAACAGUGAUGGGCAAGUAAAUGAGUGAGAAUCAUGUGAUCCACCUCCACUCUCUCUUAACUUUGAAUCAAAAGAAGCCAUGACAACAAUGCUCAUUAAUUAUUCCACCUACAGCAAACCACCCUCUUCUACUCUUUCGUCCUUCUCUGUCUUUCCUUUUCACUUUCACUACUCUUUACCUCAACUGCUAAUAUUUCUUCUCUCUUUGUUUGUAUACAUCAAUGGCUUCUAGCGCUUCAAGGUUCAUCAAGUGUGUUACUGUGGGAGAUGGGGCUGUGGGCAAGACCUGUAUGCUUAUUUGUUACACAAGUAACAAGUUCCCUACUGAUUAUAUACCAACAGUGUUUGAUAACUUCAGUGCAAAUGUGGUGGUUGAAGGAACCACUGUAAACUUAGGCCUCUGGGACACAGCUGGGCAAGAGGAUUAUAAUAGAUUAAGGCCCUUGAGCUACAGAGGGGCAGAUGUCUUCGUCUUAGCUUUCUCACUAGUUAGUCGAGCGAGCUACGAAAAUGUACUUAAAAAGUGGAUUCCAGAGCUUCAGCAUUAUGCCCCCGGCAUUCCAAUAGUACUGGUUGGUGCAAAAUUGGAUCUUCGUGAGGAUAAGCAUUAUUUGGCUGAUCACCCUGGAUUGGUGCCUGUGACCACUGCACAGGGAGAGGAACUCCGAAAACAAAUUGGUGCAGCAUAUUACGUCGAGUGUAGUUCAAAAACUCAACAGAAUGUCAAAGCAGUUUUUGAUGCUGCAAUAAAGGUAGUUAUCAAACCAGCACAGAAACAGAAGGAGAGGAAGAAGAAGCCACACCGAGGAUGCCUGUUGUCAGUACCAUCAUUUCUCACACUUUUAAUGAGUUUAUAAUU